AUGGGCACGAUACCUGGUGUAGCUCAAAGACAAGUUCACGUGACACCAGCUCAAUCGCCAAUAAAAUACCUGGCAAUUCCAGUUGAUCCUCUAUUGGCAGCUGGCGGAAACGGUGUCACUAUUCAGAUACAUUACGGUAAUCCUCCGGUGAAGAAUGAGAUCAGGAGUCAGUCUAAGGUGGCAUCGAAUAAGAACUACGUUGUCGAACGAGAGAAUGCUUCAUCGCCAGAUCUGGCAUCUGAUCCGUUUUUGUGUUCUCGGAUGGAUGACGUUAAUAAUGGGAAUGCUAUGGAAGAAGGAACCGAGGCAGAGGUGUUCAAGGCUAACAAUGAACAUGAUUUCAAACUGUAAGUCAUGAAGAUUGAUCUCAUAUAUUGAUUUAGGAACACAUUUGAAGACUACAACACAAUUGAAGCAGAAGAGCCUAUCUACGAAGAGUAUCAGCCUCUUUUCACGGAAAUGCAGGAAAGUCCACCACCUCUGUUUGCUGGGACUGUCAUCAAAAGAUCGGCCAAUGGGCUGGUUCUACCGACCAAAGCCGAGUCUAAUAUACCCAAAAAAUAUAAAUGCACUUUUCCGAAUUGCGGGAAAACGUUCGAACGACAGCGUUCUCUCAAGUACCACCACAUUACUCAUGCUCCGCCGGUGUUUUCUUGCGAUAUCUGCGACAAAAGCUUUGUCACCAUGCCAAAACUUAAGCGGCAUUUAAGAAUUCAUAACGGCGAGCGACCGUUCUUGUGUGAUGAGUGCGGAAAGGCCUUCUCAACCAACUCCAACCUCAAUGUUCACAAGAGAAAACAUACCGGCGAGAAGCCUUUUGCAUGUUCAAUUUGUGGCAGACUAUUCGCUCAUCAUAGCCAUGCCAAAACGCACUUAAAGAUUCAUGAGAAAGAACGGUACGCGUUUUAG